UCUACCUUGGAGGUUUCAAACUAAGUUUACAGAUCUAGCUAACUAGGGAAUUUAAUCUGAAAAAGAGGAUGAGCGGAGAGGGAAAGGUGGUUUGCGUCACCGGUGCUUCCGGCUUCAUAGCUUCUUGGCUCGUCAAGCUUUUGCUCCGCCGUGGUUACACUGUCCACGCCACCGUACGCAGCCUCAAGGAUCCAAAUAAGGUGGCACAUCUUCUUGCUUUAGAUGGUGCCAAGGAAAGACUGCAUUUGUUUGAAGCCGACUUACUUGAAGAAAACUCUUUUGAUCCUGCAAUUAAUGGGUGUGAUGGUGUUUUCCACACAGCAUCACCUGUUUCCUUUUCACCAUCUGCAACUAAGGAAGAACUAGUGGAUCCUGCAGUAAAGGGGACACUAAAUGCUCUUGGAUCAUGUGCGAGAACACCUUCUGUAAAAAGGGUAGUGGUGACGUCCUCAACGGCUUCUGUUCUGUGCAAACGAAAUCCCAUAAAGGCAACUGAUAUAGUCGAUGAGACUUGGUAUUCAGAUAAAGAUUUUACAGAGGAAAUAAAGCAAUGGUAUGUCCUGUCUAAAAUCCUUGCCGAGGAAGAAGCAUGGAAAUAUGCAAGGGAGAAUGGGAUUGACAUGGUUUCAUUGCAUCCUUGUCUUGUUAUUGGCCCUAUUCUACAACCAACUCUUAAUUUUUCAACCAAUGUGAUUCUAGACCUCAUAAAAGAGGAAAAGGAUUUCUUUUCUGGAGCGGGUGGUAGUUAUGUUGAUGUUAGAGAUGUGGCAAAUGCACAUAUCCAAGCAUUUGAGGUACCUUCUGCAAGUGGAAGAUACUGUUUGGUUGGUGAAACAAUAUACUGUUCUCAGAUUUUGAAGAUUGUAGGCCAGCUUUACCCUUCUCUUCCCAUUCCUAACAAAUAUAAAGGAGACAUGCCUGUAGUGCCAACUUUCAAAGUAUCCCAAGAAAAGGCGAAAAGCUUGGGGAUCAACUUCACUUCUUUUGAAGUAAGCCUUAAGGAUACAAUUGAAAGUUUAAUGGAGAAAAACUUCCUCAGCUUCUAAUUUUUGGAUUUCUUAGCUUGUUGCUUUUGUGGCGUUGUUGAAUGUUCUGUAAUUUUUGAAUCUCUGUGAUGUACUAAUAGUCAAAGAAGACUAAACAUCAAACACUUGUCUUAUUAUGAUUUCCCGACCCUUGUUUAAACAAGUGACUUGCUUUUCUGGCCGAAA